AUAAAGAAAGGCAAGAAAAGAGAGUAAGCAAAGACAAAGGUUCUGAAAACUCCAUAAUUAUUCAAAUUAAUUCCUUGAAAAAACCCAAUAGCAGUGGUGUAAUUCCCCCUACUUAAUCAACCCUUGAAGGACCUAUCAAAAAAUUUCUACAAAGGGACACCACAAAGCAAAGAAAUAGGGAAAGAGAAACAUCACACAGAAAGAAGGCAUCACACAUAUCUUUUUUCUUUUGCAAACAGCUGAAAAUUUUCUCAGAAGCAAGAAGGCAUGCAUAGAGCUGUUCUUCAGAGCUCACCAGUGCAACAAAUGAUGGCUGCUGGAAACCCUAACUGGUGGAACAUCAAUAUCAAUACCAUGCCUCCACAAGCUCCUCCUUUCUUCUCAUCUCCUUCUAACUUUCCCAUCCCUUAUGCUCCCACUUCUCUCCCUUUUCCUUCUUGGAAUGAAAAUCAAGACCUUCCUGAGUCAUGGAGCCAGCUACUCAUGAGUGGGGUGGUGGAUGAACAAGGUAAGGUUGGGAUGGGCCAGUUUCAGACAAAGAAGUUGGAGAACUGGGAGGAUCAAAUGCUAGGUCAGCCUCCAAACGCUUCUCUUGUUGAUGUUAAACAAGAAAAUUCAGUUAACAGCUAUGUAUACGGCCAUGGAAACGAAGAGCUUCAGUCAUCAAAGCCAUCCUGGUCUCCGAAAUCCUGUGCCACGAGUUUCAGUAGCAACAUGUUAGAUUUCUCUAACAGUAGUAGCACAGAUGCAAGGCUUCCUCCACCAGAUCGAGCUUCUGAGUGCAAUAGCACUGCAGCUGGUGGGGCACUGAAGAAAGCUAGGGUUCAACCCUCUGCUACAACACAGGCUACAUUCAAGGUUAGAAAGGAGAAGUUAGGCGACAGAAUUACAGCUCUUCAUCAGCUCGUUUCCCCAUUUGGGAAGACUGACACAGCCUCUGUCUUGUUAGAAGCUAUUGGGUAUAUCAGAUUCCUUCAGAGUCAAAUUGAGGCCCUUAGCUUACCAUACUUGAGCGGUGGACCAGUGAGUGGGAGGCAGCAGAAUUCUGUUCAAGGAGAGAAGAAUUGUAUAUUCCCUGAAGACCCUGGUCAGCUGCUGAAUAAUGAGAACGGCUUGAAAAGGAAAGCAGCUGGAGAACCGGAUACUGAAGAAAAGAAGGGGCUGAGGAGUAGAGGAUUGUGUCUGGUUCCAGUGUCAUGCACACUGCAAGUUGGAAGUGACAAUGGAGCAGACUAUUGGGCACCUGCCCUAGGAGGGGGCUUUCGUUAGGACAAGUUUACAAUUAGGGCAGCAUAUACAUAUAAAUAUAUGGUAGCAUGCAAAGAGGUAAAUUCAUGGAAAUGAUAUAACAUCAUGAGCAGUCAAUCUGCUUAAAAAUCUAAGGCUGAUUGCUCAUGAUGCUAUACUUCCUUCCUGAAUAAAAUGUGUGCUAGCUAGCUCUGACAGUAGUAUUUGCUAGCCCUUAAUUAGAAGACUUCAUAAUUCAUGGAAAAUCAAGCUUAGUUUUCUUUAUUUUCGUUAAUUAGCUUAAUUAAGAUGAUGGUACGUACUAAUGCGCUAUAUUUCGAUGUAUAUGCAAUAUUUGUAUGAUUAAUCAUUUGAAUAUGCUACUUUUUUAGCAGCAUUAAUUGAACUGAUCCAUGACCAUUGUUAUA